CAACGAGGUGAAACGUAUUCAAACUAUUUUGUUUCGUUUCCUGUGAUAAAUCAUAGGAAAGAAAUUUAAUAUGUUUUUUAUUCGGAAACAGUUCGUAAUUGUGUUUAAGAAGAGGUAGUUCCACCGGUAUUUGUUGAAACAGAUUCUCUCCUUAAAAAGCACGGAGAUGGAUGAAAUAGAAAACGUAAAUAUUACCGAAACACCUCGCAUCACGAUAAAUGCGAGCAGUCGCAAUUCUCAUGAUAGUGUCGAUAGUGGUUACUUGACUCUUCUUUCACCGCCACCAUCACCGUCAGUGCCUUCAUCUUCGUUUAUAGCCUCCGAACCCAUCGAGGAAGAUGUGGAAAUGAAACUAGUCAUCGUGCCUCAGAGCACACCCCAGGUAACUACUUCACCUAGACGGAAGACACCACCACCACCUCCACGUAUUGUUAUUUCGCCGACCUGUAGAAAAGCUAGUCCCGCUAUUAGUUCGGCAGACAAUCAGAAAUUAAGCAAGCUCUCUAUCACGUAUCUUGCUGCUAUCAAGCCAAAGAGGUUGGAUUUCAGUCAUCGUGUCAUAUCUGCUGCUUUACAUCAUAGUAGAGCUACUCCAGAUUAUACAGGUAGAGAAACGGUGGAUAUAUUGGCACUUCUUGGAGACAAAAGCAAUCAUUGGAGAAUAGUUUCUAAAAUAUUGUCUUUCCUUGGACCUCAGGACCUUUGUUCCAUUAGUAUGGUGUCUAAAACAUGGAGGAGAAUCUGUUUCAGUGAUUCUAGGGCCAAUGUGAGAAGACUAACUCAUAUAAUACUCAGACAGAAUGCUAAAGAGAAUUUAAAAUUAAUCAAAAAAUCAAAAAUAGAAGGAGACAUUCAAAGCAGUCCUAGAAGUAGAUACGCUAGGAAAGGAUACUUAUUAGAAGUGCAAAAUCUUCUUCAAGUACAGGGAAAUAAACGGCCACCUAGCAGUCCACCUGUUUCUCCAAGCAAAGUAAAAUUCCACUCUUUUGUCAAGGCUAGUCGUACACUCGCUCCUUGGGAACAUUUGUUACCGUGCCCAAAGUGUUCGUUUCCUUGUCACGUGGACGGCGAGAAGAACGUAGGAACGUGUUCAAGACAAGGUUGUUCGAUGGAAUUUUGCACCUCCUGUUCAUCAAGACCACAUACUGGUCCUUGCAAGACACCCCUGUUAGCAACGCCGACGAAGAGGAAUAAACGGCUGGUCAUUGGCUCGAAACAGAGCAAACGGAAUCUCAGGAGAUUAUAAACAUUUUCGUUAUUAUAUGUCGAGAAUUUUUGUUUUAAUCUUAUCAUUUUUCUCGAUAAAAUAAUUUUUCUCGAUAAUAAUCUUCAAAAAUGGAGAAAAUGUCGAGAAUUGUAAGAAAUAUAAUUUCGGGAUUAUUUUAAUUGUUAUGAUACGCAGUGUUUUGGAAGUGUAAAAUGGACAUCGUUAAUUUAAAUGGUUCGACAAUAAAAUGGA